AUGCGUGUCAAAGGUUCAAAUGGAGCCAAAUGUGCUGUUGGUGAAAGAGGUUCAAAGGGUGACAGGGGCAUAACUGGUCUAGUCGGUUUUACCGGAAGCAGAGGAUUAGCUGGAGAUAAAGGACCAACAGGUGAUAAAGGUCAAAAUGGAGAAAAUGGCCUUCAUGGCUCAAAUGGGGAACAUGGUGAAAAGGGUAUCAAAGGUGAAAAGGGCUCAAUGGGAAGUAAGGGCCCUGUUGGCGACAAAGGUCAAACAGGAGAACGUGGACAAAUGGGCGAAAAGGGAAGCCCUGGAGAAUCAGUUAUUACAAUUAGCUGUGGUUCUGGAUGGGAACAGUUAAUGAAUAGUUGUUACUACUUUCAUUUCCAAUCAACGAAGACAUGGAAUGAUCCAAAGGUACAAAUAGUAACGUAA